GGUGACGUAGGGCGGGCCGAGACGCGCGGAGGCGGCGGCGGUACCUCCUCCUGCUGCUGCUGCUGCUGCUGCGCCCCAUCCCCCAGCGGCCGGCCGGUUCCAGCCCGCACCCCGCGUCGGUGCCCGCGCCCCCUCCCCCGGCCCCGCCAUGGGCCUCACCGUGUCCGCGCUCUUUUCGCGGAUCUUCGGGAAGAAGCAGAUGCGGAUCCUCAUGGUUGGCUUGGAUGCGGCUGGAAAGACCACAAUCCUGUACAAACUGAAGUUGGGGGAGAUUGUCACCACCAUUCCCACCAUAGGCUUCAAUGUGGAAACAGUGGAAUACAAGAACAUCUGUUUCACAGUCUGGGACGUGGGAGGCCAGGACAAGAUUCGGCCUCUAUGGCGGCACUACUUCCAGAACACUCAGGGCCUCAUCUUUGUGGUGGAUAGUAAUGAUCGAGAGCGGGUCCAAGAAUCUGCUGACGAACUCCAGAAGAUGGUGAGCACCCAGAGCCCUGGGGAAGAGAAGUCUUUGUGCCAAUCUGCAGGAGGACGAACUGCGGGAUGCGGUGCUGCUGGUGUUUGCCAACAAGCAGGACAUGCCCAACGCCAUGCCUGUGAGCGAGCUGACCGACAAGCUGGGGCUACAGCACUUGCGAAGCCGCACGUGGUACGUCCAGGCCACCUGUGCCACUCAGGGCACAGGCUUGUACGACGGGCUGGACUGGCUGUCCCACGAGCUGUCAAAGCGCUAGCCAACCAGGGGCCGGCCCCUGCUGCCCAGAAGCUCCCGCGUGCAUCAUCCCGGGAGGACCAGACUCCCGGACUCCUCAGGCAGUGCCCUUCCCUCCCAGCUCCUCCUCCCCCGCAGACACAGGCCACUGCUCCUGCCUGCAUGUUCUCUCUCUUUUGGGAGCCUGGAGCCUCGCUCUCUGGGCAUGGAGGGAUCUGAUCUCCUGCCCGCUGGGACCUGUGGAAAGGGGUUUCCAGGGCCAAGGCCCCUUCUUCCAGAAGAGGAGCAGGGAUCUGGGUUUAGUUUUUUUUCUUCCAUUUCGGGUGUACCCUUUGGGCCAGGUGGGGAGGGGAGGUGAGGGCUCCGGGUGGUGCUAUGAUGUGGCACUGGAUAUUGAGUAAUAAAUUUGCUGUGGUUUGUA